AUGGUCUCGAGGACAGAUAUCAAGCCUGAUUAUUUGCCCUCCCCUCCACUCGAAGAAACCACCUCUCCGUCUCACUUUCUUUCCCCGCUACUGAACACCGUCACUGGACGCAUGCUUAUCGAAUUUGAUUGGGCAUCGACAUCAUUAGGGCCGAUUUCAAGCUGGCCACAGUCUCUCCACACCGCCGUCUCCAUCCUACUCUCUACCCAAUUUCAAUCAGAUAGUAACGCCUCAAUGGCUCGUGUAGCUAUAGUGGCUUUAGCUAACUGUCUCUUCAGACCCGAUCGGCUUAUCAUGUAUAAUGACAAAUACAUUGAGAGCCCAAAUGUCAAGCAUCCCUGGCUCUUCGGUCAGCCCGCCCGUGUAGGCUGGGCCGAGAUUUGGGAUGUAUUCGAGGGAUACUGCAGUACCGUGGACCAAGGUGUUUCAGUCAGCAAGACCAACGAUCCUCUUUUCUUCAAGCCUUCUCCAACAUCUACCACGCAUGGCGUCGAACCAUGCACGCUUCCCCUAGUCGAGGUGUACUUCUCGUGGAGCUACAUACCCGUAAUGAUAGAGGACGGGAGUGUAGGCGGCAUCAUCAACACUUGUAUGGAUACGACUGACAAGGUUCUCGCCGACCGACGUCUCGCCACCCUCCGCCACCUCGCCGAGCGCACAGCCGCCUGCUCAUCCACCCUCGACUUCUGGCUCGCAGUUUGCGAAUCCAUCGAGUCCAAUGACGCCGACUUUCCUUUCGCGCUCUGUUACAUCGUGGACGAAGACAAUGCGAGUGGUGCGACUGAAAGCUGCUAUUCGGAGCCAUCGACCGCGACUCCUGGAAUGAAGCUUGCUUUAGUCGGGAGGGUUGCAGUGCCCGAAGGACACCGCGCUGCUCCUGCACAUGUCGUUCUUACAGGAGAAAAUGAGACUCAAGCAUAUACGUGGCCGUUCAAUGAGGCGAGCACAACGUCGAAGACGGUUUGGACGGAGCUCGCGCCCGAUAUUCUGGACGGGUUUGAAUACGAGAAUCGUGGGUGGGGGGACAGGCCGACGAGGGCUGCUGUCGUACCUCUCAAGACGCAUGAUGACAGCUUGACAGGUUUUAUGGUGUUGGGACUAAACACCCGAAGACCGUACGACUCGGAUUUCAGAAGGUUUCAUGGCGUCAUGGUGCAAAACCUCAGCGCCUCCCUCGCCGCGACGCAGAGUUUCGAACAAGAAAUCCAAAGAGCCGAGGAGCUCCGAGCCCUCGAUCGUGCAAAGACGACUUUCUUUCAGAAUGUCUCUCAUGAACUUCGUACACCGUUGACGCUCAUCCGAGGACCAGCACAGGACGCCUUGGCAGAGCCUCUCCCAGUUGGGAGGGUUGAUCCGGCUAGAGCAGCGACAGAGAGGGCGAGGUGGAAGCUUGUGGAGAGAGCUAGUGGGAGAUUGUUGAGGCUCGUCAACUCUCUGCUGCUCUUUUCGAGUGCUGAGGCAGGGAGAGUGCACAUGAGCUUCCAUCCUGUCCGUUUGACGCAAUAUACGAAGGAUUUGGCCUCGUUAUUCAGGAGCUCAAUCGAGCGUUCCGGGAUUGAUUUUAUCGUUGAUAUUGAUGAUGCACUUGCUCAUAAAUCCGUGUACGUUGAUGCCGAGAUGUGGGAGAAGGUCGUAUUUAACCUCCUCUCCAACGCCGUCAAAUACACGAGCAAAGGCUUCAUCAAGAUCUCCAUGCAUUUCGCAUCCUCUGAGGCUGUGCUGAAGGUGGAAGACAGUGGUUGCGGUAUACCGCCCGAGCAGCUCGAGCAAGUCCUCCAGCGAUUCCAUCGCGUUGAGUCAGAAACGAGAAGAGAAGGUGCUGGCAUUGGACUUGCAUUGACCUCAGAGCUUGUCAAACUCCAUCAAGGCAGGGUCGCGGUCAAGAGCUCAUUGCAGACGCCAAUGAUGUCCGGAUGGAGUAUGUUCACGGUAUACAUCCCCCUUGGACAUCAACAUCUACCGGCCGAUGCGGUCAGUCAUACACCACUUCCCGCUGAGUUGCAUCCUGGGGCAUCUGAUGGUAUUUCUACCGAGGAACCAGGGAACUGGAUCAACGAUGAGCUGGAUGGCUUGUCAAUAAGCACACUCAGCUCACCGAUGAGCACUAUGCCUUCGUAUCAACCGUCUUCGAAUGAUAGUGUUGGGUAUCCCUUCCCUGGAUCGGUCAUCCUGCUUGCCGAAGAUAAUCAUGAUGCCAGACUAUACAUCAGGAACAUCAUCGCGCCGCUCGCGGAAGAAAUCGUGGCGGUCAGCGAUGGUCAAUCUGCUCUCGAAUUCAUCAAGAACUCGUCCAAGCCACACAUUGUCGUUUCGGAUGUAUUGAUGCCUCGAAUGACUGGGAUCGAGCUACUACAGGCCAUUCGCAAUGAUCCCGACGCAACUAUUCAAUCGAUUCCGUUCGUUAUGCUCAGCGCGAGCUUGGAAAAGGAAUCGGAACUCGUUCCGGAUGGGUCCAUAACCGGACCUACGGACUUCCUGGUCAAGCCAUUCUCGUCAAAGUCACUCAUCUCUAUUGUCCAAGAACGGCUCAGAUCAGCACGCCAGACUACUGAUCUUGAGCUUCGGGUACAACAACGGACCGCGGAACUUGAAUUGAGCCAGCUGAGAUAUAGAAGGAUCAGCGAGUUGUCGCCUGUCGCCAUAUUCGAGACGGAUGAGAGCAACCCAGGGUUGAUUACUUAUGCUAAUGACCAGUUCUUUACUAUCACCGGUUUGCCCAAUAGACUGCCAAUGCAGAUUGAAGAAUGCUUCAAUUCCAUGCUACCUGAAGAUCAAGUAACCGCGCACGACACGCUCCGUGUUAUGCUCAAGAAUGGCACCCCCGGCCAUUUCGAUUGUCGGUUCACGUCAGGGAAAUGCGCCUACACCGACGUCCUCCCUCUAUCAUCUGGCGCACUGCUGGGAAGCCUGACAGAUCAAACGGAGCAACGUCUGUUUGUGCAGCAGCAGCUCGAUGCAGAGCGCUCAAGAGCGGAAACGGCCGAAAAGCAGCGAUACUUGCAGGAAUCAUUCGUAGAUAUUGUCUCGCAUGAGCUCCGAAAUCCUAUCAGCGCGAUCAUCCAGAGCGCAGACUUGUUGACCUUCGCUGUCGCACGCUUCGAAGAAAUUCUCGGAGAGCUAUUUCAAUCAACGGCACUCGCAUCUUCGCAACAGGAUGCCAGCCUUCAAAAACUGCGCGAACUUGCGAAGACAGAAUUGGACGACGCUAGCGAUGCUAUCUCGUCUAUCAGCCUCUGCGCUCGACAUCAGUCGAUUAUUGCCAGUGACAUUUUGGCAGUUUCUCGCAUGGACAAUGGGCUUCUUGGGGUAUCUCCGUUCUGUUUCAAUCUAGUAGACGAGUUGCAAAGCACAAUGACCAUGUUUGCGGUGCAAGCGCAUACUCAGGGCAUCGAGUUGCAGCUCGAACUUGGCGACGGAGUGGACGACGACACUUGCAUCGUCGCGGACCCCACACGGUUAUGCCAAAUCUUGGUAAACCUUAUCUCGAACUCGUGCCGGAUACUUGAAUCCUGGGACGGCUCGCGGAGCAUCGCUGUUGCUGUUGCUCUGACGGAUCACCAGCCCUUCGGAAGCUGUGAGCAGGAUGAUCCCUCGUGCCUAUGGCUCGCUUGCAGCAUAUCGGACUCAGGGCCUGGCAUCAACUCUGAAGAUCAUGCGCGUCUCUUCACACGAUUCAAUGACGUCCGACCUGGUGGUGUGCGCCGUCAAGGCUCCAUGGGUGGGACAGGUUUAGGCCUCUAUCUCUGUAAAAAGCUGGCCGAGCUCCAAGGCGGCAAUAUCAAAGUCUCGACGAGUAUGCGGGGCGGGGCGGCAUUUGAUUUCUUCAUCAAAACACGCUUGGGCGAACGAUCACCAAGUCGCAUGAGACAAACGUUCAAGCAAUACCUGGAUCGAACGUCUCAGUCUCCGACACCAACGCGCACGCCGGUCACCACCCCGCCGGACGGUGUAGUACCUCCUCGUAUAGCCUCUCUAUCGGCUCCACCUUCCCCGGCUACUAUUCUGCUUCCAUCUUUGGCUGACACACGAAGGAGCGAUAACUCAGCAAGAUCUGCGAAGUUGAUCCUCGUUGUAGAGGAUAAUGCCAUCAAUCAACGACUUUUGUGCAAGCAGCUUUCAAAGGCCGGGUUCACGACCGCCGGUGCAAACCAUGGUCUCGAUGCUCUGAAUUACUUACAAAACCUUGAGAAACAAUAUCCCGCUGCAUGCCUCAUGGAUUGUGAGAUGCCGAUCAUGGAUGGUCUCGAAGCUGUCACGAGGAUACGAGCGAUGGAGGCCGAAGGGAAGCUCCGAAGUUCAUGUCUGCCCGUUUAUGCAGUGACGGGGAAUGCUCGACAGGGUCAAGUGGAUGCCGCUAAAGCGGCCGGGAUGUCUGAUGUCUAUAUCAAGCCAUAUAACAUCGCAGACAUCGUUCAACGCAUCGACGCGUUGAUCUGA